AGAGUUAAGGUAAAUCGAUGAAUAUAUAGGUGACAAUGAUCAACGGAUAUCUGCCAUUCACUAGGUUCCACCUGGAUUGGACUGACCACAGCUACUUCAAACGUUCUCUGCAUAUAUAUUACUAUUAUUAAAAAAAAAUUGUUUUAACGAAAGGAUUUCCUAACCAUAUCAAAUGUUUUAUUAGCCUUGCCGCCUACUAAUUGUUCUAGGAAAAAAACUAUUUAUAAAGAUGACACCGAGCCUCUUUCCGCAUCUGUCGAUGAAAGUGAUAAAAUUACUGUUUUUGGUGAUUCUCGUCGGAGGUCUCGUACCGUGUGCCUUAUAUUUCAGCGCCGUCUCAUGGAAAUCUAACACAUUCAGCGUGCCCUUUCUUUUUAAUCUAUCAAUCUUUAAUACAAGAAUCUACGGAGAUGACACGGAUUUACACGACUCUCCUAAACACAGCGACAGCAUUAUACGUUCAAUGGGAUUUAAAUCUGGUGAUCAUGGGACUACAAGGUCCAACCUGUCAGAUUUCGGUGCGGGCGAUUCAGGAGGUGGAAAUGGGAAUGACUAUGUGGCGAAACUCAACGGAACGAGUGGAACACCUCGGCAGUUGCUUGUCGGCGGUUUACAGGGUCAACAAAACCCAGGGCAAAGUCCAACCAGUGCAAAUGACAGUCACACGACAAGGGCAUUCUCCGAGACUCAGGGAUCAAGCACCAACAUCACUGAACCGUGUCCGCAGACUCCGCCCAUAUCAGUCGGUCGGAUUACAGUAAACAAAACGACGGUGACCGAGGCGGAGUUGAACAUAAAAUACCAGUCUACAAAUAACUCCGGACAUUUCAAGCCCGGAAACUGCCGAAGUGAAAAUAAAACUGCUGUGAUAAUUCCAUACCGUAACAGAGAGCACCAUAUUUGGAUUCUGUUAAACAACUUAAUUCCGUUUCUAGUCAAACAGCAGUUGGAAUUUUCUAUAUUUGUCGUGGAACCGGCGGCGAACGUCACCUUCAACAGGGGGUUACUGAUGAACGUCGGCUUCCUGGAGGCGCUGAAAGUCGACGACUUCGCGUGCUUCGUGUUUCACGACGUCGACCUGGUACCCGAGAACGACAAGAACGUCUACCGGUGUGCCGCCCACCCGCGACACCACUCCGCCGCCAACAGCAAGUAUAACUACAGAUUACCGUAUUAUAACUACGUUGGGGGAGUUAUUUCCAUUUCGAAAGACCAGUACACGAAAAUAAAUGGCAUCUCCAACCUGUAUUUCGGUUGGGGAGGCGAGGACGACGACCUCUUUAACAGAUUACAUUCCAAGGGAUUUAAAAUACUUCGUUACCCCAUGGAGAUCGGGAGAUACUUCUCUUUACCUCACGGACGUGACAAAGGAAAUCCAGCCAGUAGCGACAGAUUUAGGAUGCUUGGUCACUGGAAGAAGAGGACAAAUUCAGAUGGUCUAAACUCAAUCAGAUACUCGGUGGAGACACGGAAGUUUAAGAAUCUUUUCAUAUGGAUAUACAUCUCUGUAGACUGGAAAUAUUACAAAUCUCAAAUUAAGAAGAUUCACCGAUAAUAGGUCAAUGUUCAUAUCAGCUAAACAUCUGGAAACCGACGAGUUCAUAACAUGAAACCAACAAGGCAGUGACGUUUACAUAUUCUGACUGGUAUAUGAAAGGCCGUGGUAUGUGCUAUCCUAUCUGUGGGAUGGUGCAUAUAAAAGAUCCCUUGCUACCAAUGGAUAAAUGUUUCCUCUCUAAGAUUGUAUGCAAAAUU